GUAAUAUUGUUGCUCUACCUAAAUGCUCCUCCUAUGGGCACCAAAAUGCUAAACAUGUCAGCCCUCAAUCUUGAAAGUGAAUGCAAAGAGAUUCAUGAUUCUUGGGGACAGCUAAACCAAUUGGGUCUGGCUUUGGCUAGCCGAACCCGGCUUGAAAGGCAACAGAUUAGAGAAACUUACAAGGCAAUUUAUGGAGAGGACUUGGCAAACAGACUCCAAAAGGCAGAUCAAAUGGCUGACAACAGAAAACAGGCAGCUGCUGGUGUUGGGGUUUCACCAAAAUUAUGUGCAGCCUUGUCCAUGUGGAUGAUAGAGCAGCACGAACGCGAUGCAAUCAUGAUCCAGGAGGCCCUUGAUGAUCAGCAAGGUGACACAAACUAUAGCGCUCUUGUAGAGAUUUUUGUUGGUCGAAAAUCAAGUCAAAUCCUUCUCAUCAAACAAGCAUAUCAGAGAAGAUUUAGGAGGCAGUUGGACCAAGAUAUCAUCCAUAUUGAGCCUCCCCAUCCUUACCAAAAGAUACUGGUGGCAUUGGUUGCAUCCCACAAGGCACACCAAGCAGAUAUUAGCCAACAUAUCGCCCAGUCGGAUGCACGGAGGCUCUACGAAACAGGGGAGGGGAGUUCAGGGCCCAUAGAAGCUGUUGUACUAGAAAUACUAAGCAAACGGAGCAUUCCACAGCUUAAACUUACAUUUUCUUGCUAUAAACACAUCUAUGGACAUGAGUAUACAGAGUACCUGAAGACCAGAAACUCUGGAGAAUUUGAAAACGCAAUGAAAACAGUCGUCCAAUGCAUCUACAGACCAGCUACCUAUUUUGCUACGAUAUUGUAUGCAAGCAUCAAGGGGUCCAUGACCGAUAAAGGCGCAUUGGCACGUGUGAUGGUGAACAGAGCUGAAGUAGACAUGGAUGAAAUUCGAAGGGAGUUUAAGAGGCAGCAUGGGAUUGAACUCAGAGAUGCAUUAUGUGACAGUGACAAAAUCCCAUUUGGGGAUUACAGAGACUUUCUUGUUGCCUUGACGGCCUCCAAAUGAACUGCCACCACAGGCUAAACCUAUUAUAUAUAUAUUCUAUAUAAUCAUCGCUUGAUGAUGUUUUCAACAACUUGAAUUUGUUAUUGAUCGAAUAUACCCAUUUCUCUUUUUA